AUGCUUUUUUACAACAUUACAAUGGAUUUGUUAAGAUUGUUUUGUCAGAAGAAACAUCAUUUGGAUAAGUUAUUAUUGCUGAAUUAUGUUUCGGUAAACCUGCAAAAUCAGAUAAUAAAAAUACAUAUAUUUAUCAUAAAGUUAAAAUCUUAA